AGAACAGAGAAAUCCCGAAUGGCCGGAACGGAGCCGCUGGAGGGCCAGCAGUCGAACGGCAGUUCGGCGGGGAAGGAGCCGGAGUCGUCCGACCGAUGCCCCGUGGAGGAGGUGGCGCUGGUGGUGCCGGAGACGGACGACCCGAAGCUCCCCGUCAUGACCUUCCGCGCUUGGUUCCUAGGCACCGCCGCCUGCCUCUUCCUCAUCUUCAUGAACACGUUCUUCACCUACAGGACGCAGCCGCUGACGAUAUCGGCGAUCCUGGCGCAGAUCGUGGUGCUGCCGCUGGGGAGGUUCAUGGCGGCGACGCUGCCGGAGCGGCGGUUCUCGGUGAUGGGCUACGGGUUCUCCCUCAACCCGGGGCCGUUCAACAUAAAGGAGCACGUGAUCAUCACAAUUUUCGCCAACUGCGGGGUCUCCUACGGUGGGGGCGACGCCUACUCCAUCGGUGCCAUCACCGUUAUGAAGGCCUACUACAAGCAGACCCUCAACUUCUUCUGCGGCCUCCUCAUCGUGCUCACCACACAGGUUUUGGGCUACGGGUGGGCGGGACUGCUAAGGAAAUACUUGGUUGAACCGGCAGAAAUGUGGUGGCCCUCAAAUUUGGCUCAAGUCUCCCUCUUCAGGGCACUCCAUGAGAAGGAACCACGGUCAAGGGGGCUCACUCGGAUGCAGUUUUUUCUAGUGUUCAUGGUGGCAAGCUUUGCGUACUAUGCGCUGCCCGGUUACCUCCUUCCCAUACUCACAUUCUUCUCGUGGGUCUGCUGGGCUUGGCCUAACAACCUCACUGCACAGCAAGUGGGUUCAGGCUACCAUGGACUCGGAGUGGGUGCAUUCACACUUGACUGGGCUGGCAUCUCAGCAUACCACGGCAGCCCACUGGUUACUCCAUGGUUCUCCAUCCUAAACAUUGCUGCCGGCUUCGUCAUGUUCAUCUACAUCAUCAUACCCCUCUGCUACUGGAAGUUCAAUACGUACGAGGCGCGCCGAUUCCCUAUCUUUUCGAGCCAACUGUUCACCGAAGAUGGACACAAGUACAACACAGACAAGAUCUUGACUCCAAAUUAUGAACUCAACGUCACCGCAUAUAACAGCUACGGUAAACUGUACCUGAGCCCACUAUUCGCACUCUCAAUUGGUUCUGGGUUCGCUAGGAUCACUGCAACCAUGACUCAUGUGCUUCUCUUUCAUGGAAGUGACAUAUGGAGGCAGAGCAAAACAGCAAUAUACAAAGCAAAAAUGGAUAUCCAUGCUAGGCUGAUGAAGAACUACAAGGAGGUGCCCCAAUGGUGGUUCCUUGUGCUGCUCAUAGGCAGCAUCGUUCUCUCCCUCAUGAUGUCAUUCAUAUGGAAAGAUGAGGUGCAGCUCCCAUGGUGGGCUAUGCUCUUUGCCUUUGCUUUGGCCUUCAUAGUCACUCUACCCAUUGGUGUCAUCCAAGCAACCACCAACCAGCAACCUGGAUAUGACGUCAUAGCACAGUUUAUGAUAGGAUACAUACUUCCGGGCAAGCCAAUUGCCAAUCUGCUCUUCAAAAUCUAUGGGAGGAUCAGCACAGUUCAUGCUCUCUCCUUCCUGUCAGAUCUCAAACUGGGCCAUUACAUGAAAAUCCCACCUAGAUGCAUGUACACUGCUCAGCUUGCUGGUACACUAAUUGCAGGCAUUGUGAAUUUAGCAGUGGCAUGGUGGAUGCUAGAGAGUGUGGACAACAUUUGUGAUGUGCAAGCACUCCAUCCCGACAGUCCAUGGACAUGCCCCAAGUACAGAGUCACCUUUGAUGCCUCUGUUAUUUGGGGACUAGUCGGACCUAGACGGCUUUUCGGCCCAGGUGCCAUGUAUACCAACUUGGUCUGGCUGUUCCUGGUUGGUGCGCUAUUGCCUGUGCCGAUAUGGGUGCUAAGCAAACUAUUUCCAGAGAAGAAAUGGAUUCCCUUAAUAAAUGUCCCGGUUAUAAGCUAUGGAUUCGCCGGCAUGCCGCCGGCAACGCCGACCAACAUCGCAAGUUGGUUGAUCACCGGAACCAUCUUCAAUUUCUUUGUUUUCAGGUAUCGGAAAAGGUGGUGGCAGCGCUACAACUAUGUGUUGUCAGCUGCGCUCGAUGCAGGGACUGCGUUCAUGGGCGUGCUGCUCUACUUUGCUCUGCAGAUGGGCCACAGGGACAUCAAGUGGUGGGGGACGCAAUUGGACCACUGUCCCUUGGCGUCGUGUCCCACUGCACCAGGAAUUGUUGUGCCGGGGUGCCCCGUCUUCUAGCUUGUAUUUCUUCUUUCUUUGUUCUAGUAAGAUAUGAAAAAGGCACCCUUCUUGUGCUACUACUGCAAUGUAACUAGGAAUUUAAAAUCGAAUAGAUGUUUACUCUAAUAAA